UCCUAACAUCGUACCAUCGAAGCCAAUGCCCAAACCCCUAUAUAAAGUUACCGUUCUACUCACUACGUUGAUCUCAACAUCGCGCUCUCAUCAUUAAAUGGGGUUAUCUUGGCCACAAGCACCCCAAUGACCAAGAAAUGAGGCUCCGCAGCUGGGCGUGGAACACGAGCCGCAGUGUUAGAAACUACUCCAAGAAAAUCGCGCCCCGAAAUGUCGAGGCUGAGCGCAGCGAUGCCCCUGGUGUGUUGGCCGAGAAGGACAGGCACCCAGAGGACAGGCAGGAACUAGAUAAUGUUUUUCUCAACCUGGCCCGCAUGCGCAUCCAGCCGCAGGUAGACUCCGCUGCAAAAAGGGUGCACACCUCGGCCGGUGACUUGCCCUUGUCGCCACUCAUGAACCCAGCGUAUCUGGCCGCCAAGAGAAAAUAUCAAAAUGUCGAACCCAAGGCCAAAGUCGAUUACUCAAAACACGGGAAAAUGGAAAAGCAACUCGCUAGAAACCCAUAUGCUUGGGCUUUGGCCGGACCUGUUCGUGAUGAAUGCAUCACCAGAUACAUGCUUCCGCGCUUCUUCCUCCAAGAUUUCGCCUUCAUUAAACACCCCCAGACGAAGCGACCGUGGAUGGUGCCAGUAUCUCUGAUGUCUGAGAGUGACAAAGAUGCAGAGGCUCACGGCGACUUUGAGGAAGCUGCAAGAUUUAAGGCAGCCAGUGACGGCAGUCAUGCUUUGAAGUUGGAUUCAUCUACGGAAGGCUCAUCUCGGCUCAAUACUGAGUGCGACACUGAUCAGCCUGAUGAUGCCUUCACGUCAUCACCUUCUCGUGAUCAUCGUGAAGGUGGCGGCCACAAUCUGGCAGCAGCCAGAAAAGGCAAACCUCGAGGGCUGCCCCGCCCAGCCUCACCAACCGCGCAUGCGCUUUGCCGGUAUGAUGUCUUAAGAAUGAUUUCUCCGUCCGGUGACCGACCUUCCGCCAGAGGCAACCAGUCAUGGCAAUCCAAGCGUUUCAGGGGGAGGAUGGCUUCCAUGGCCAAGAUCGAAGACCCGAACAACGUGGUAUUCCGCGCCGACAUGGACACGUAUGUGCUGAGCCUGAUGCGCGCGCGAACAAUGGAGCAGCUGAUGCACUAUGCCCGCAUCUGCGACGCCCCAGUCAGGCCAAAGAAGUACCUGUUGCGGUGCGAGGGACACUGGGACCAGGUCCAGACGCACACCACCCACCGCGGAUGUGUGCUCUGGAUGGGCGAUUGUGGCAAGAAAAAGGUCAAGAGACCUGGGGAGUUUGAAACAGUGAGGCUCCAAGGCGUCAAGAUCGGCGGGGUCUUACCCGUGCAUGACCUGACCGUCCUGCUGGGGCCGGAGAACGUCAAGAAGCUGCGUAUAGGUUCCAGAAUUUUCAGUGAGGGAUCCACGUUCUUGCUUGGGGGACUACCUUCUACUCGAUUGCAAAUGAAGCUGUGGAAACUCCAGGGUUACCUGGCUUCACACGGAAAAAACGCCUUGAUACGGAGCAUGCCUGUAUACCGGGCCUUAUUUUCCAAAUGACGAGGAAUGAGAGCUGUGCGUGCUAAUAUGUUGGUGUCAAAUCUGUAAGAAUAUAACACAUUUACGAUUUUGACAGUGUUGUAAACAUGUACAAAUAGGUAGACCCGUAACCCAUGUUUCUGUACAAAAGCAUAAAAACAAUACUCAUUUUCGGUCACCAUGAGAAGCCAAUCAAGCCACCUCCCUGUGGGAAGUUGGCCCUAAGUGUACUAUAAGUAAUUAUACCUGUGGUGUGUGCGGG